GUGUGUGUGUGCGCGCGCACUCUCUGCGAUAAGCUCGAACAUCGUCGCUCACUACGCUCUGAGGCUAUAAAAGUCAGAGCACAGCGUUGUGUCUUAGCAUUCAUUGCAAUAACGUUGUGCCAAGCGGACACGCGUAAAAGAAUUUGAGACGCAAGUAAAUUAUACCUUUGGACUACAAGCGCGUCGCAAAUAGAGCAGCAAAUCAAAAGCAGUUAACUUGGAUUAAAUAUAACAGUUGAUCUCAGAAGCAAUGGUACUCGAGAUGGAGAUGUCGAAAACCUAUCAAUACCGCAAAGUGAUGAAACCAAUGUUGGAGCGCAAACGGCGCGCGCGCAUCAACAAGUGUUUGGAUGAGCUGAAGGACAUAAUGGUCGAGUGCUUGACACAGGAGGGUGAACACAUAACGCGACUCGAGAAGGCCGAUAUACUCGAACUAACCGUGGAGCAUAUGAAGAAAUUGCGCGCACAAAAACAAUUGCGUUUGGGCAGUAACAGUGUUGGCGCAGGCGCUGAUGCCAAACUGUCAAUAGCAGAAAGCUUCCGCGCCGGCUAUGUACAUGCCGCAAACGAGGUAUCCAAAACCUUAGCCGCGCUACCCGGUGUCAAUGUGGAUUUGGGUACACAACUGAUGAGCCAAUUGGGACAUCGUUUGAACUACCUGCAAGUUGUCGUGCCUAGUGUGCCGUUGACUGGUGUGCCAACAGCAGCGCAACAUUUCAUGCCCACACCAGUGGCGCAAGCAACGGCAGCAGCGCAAUACUACAGCAUGAGCGGCAGUGUGCGUAGUGAAACCAGCAGUCCUGUAGUCAUCACACCACCACCAUCCGAGUGUGGCAGCAGUGAAAGUGGUAGCUGCAGCCCGGCGCCCAGUGACACAUAUGGCGCUGUGUGGCGACCUUGGUGAAUGUAUGGCGCAUAAGCAAGCAGACACAGUGAUGCUACGCAAACAAAGUGGAUCACUUGUGGGUUAAUGAAUUUAAUUGGACGCGCCUAGCUUUUUGCUAGCGACGCGCAGUUGGUGUACUCGGCGUUGACUCAGCUGAAAGGACUAAACGCUGGUGGCUGCUACAAGUAGUGGACUACAAGAUAAUUGGGAAUAUUUGACUUCUCACAGCGCGGCGCAAUGGCUUGACGCGCGUUGUGGUCGCGGCUUAAGUUUCUCAAAAACUAAGCGCCAGCUGGUAGAAAAUUGUAAAAAGCUUAAAUGUAAAACCUCGCAUUUUAAUAUAGCAAAAACAAUGGUAAUCACAGGGAAACCAAGAAUUUAUUUAGCAAUAAGAAAUUAUGAGAAAUAUAAAAAAAGCAAUAAAAAAUCGCUAUAAAAUUCACAUAAAAAA